AUGACGAAUUCGUCCACUCAUUGUAUCAAUGAAUCUAAAAUUACAAACCUAUGGUGCUCGAAGGACAAAAUAAUUGCUCCACCACAAGCAUUACUAGUAAAAGAAGAUAAACCUUUUUCAAAAAUUCCUGGAAAGGUAGUACAGUUGAAGCCGCAGCGUAUCGAUCUUAGCUUAAGACAAAAUGAAGAGUUCAAAUUCAAUUUUACGUAUAAGCAAUCUGAAAAUUAUCCUGUGGAUUUGUACUUCAUUAUGGAUUUGUCAUUCUCAAUGAAGGACUAUAAAGACAUUUUGUCCAAAUUGGGACAGUCUAUAGCCGAUACUAUAAAAAGUUUAACAAACAAUUUCAGAUUGGGUUUUGGUAGUUUCGUGGAUAAACCAACGGUACCUUAUGUAGAUCUUUCCUCAAAAUACAAGGAUAAAGUUCGGCCUUACAGUUUCAUUAAUCAUUUGUCUCUAACUGAACAAUAUACUAAAUUUAAUAGGGAAGUGGAGAAUGCAAAGAUUUCGACAAACAUCGAUUCUCCUGAAGGCGGAUUUGAUGCACUGAUGCAAGCCAUAGUUUGCACCAAGGAAAUCGGUUGGAGAAAAGAAGCCAGGCGAAUUAUAGUCUUUGCGACAGAUGCUGCUUUUCAUAUUGCUGGUGACGGAAAAUUGGGUGGUGUAGUAGAACCAAAUGAUGCACAAUGUCGUAUGACUCAAAAUCAGUACAAUGAAAGUUUGAGGUUUGACUAUCCAUCAGUUUCACAAAUAAAGUAUGUGGCGCAAUUAAAUAACAUAAAUCUGCUGUUUGCCGUUCAUGAAAAAUCAAUAAAACAUUAUGAAGCCUUGACAAAAUAUAUAAAAAAUUCGCAAUUGGGAAAACUCGAGAAAAAUCCGGGGAGUAUUGUAAAAUUGAUUGGAGACAAUUAUAAUGCUAUAGUUAACUCGGUGGUUAUGACUUCUAAUGUUCCGAAAGAUGUACUUCUCACAUUCUCAUCGAACUGUCGUAACAAAAUUGAGAAUGGUUGCGAAAACAUUCAUGUGGGGGAAGAAGUCCAGAUCACAGCCACUAUUAAACCCACAAAAUGUUCUGAGACAGAUGCUGAUAAUAUAAAAACCAUUUCUAUUAAACCUCAUUCACUUAGUGAAGAAAUUACUGUUGCUCUAUAUGUUUCUUGCAAAUGCGCUUGCGACUAUAAUGAGCACCCCUCAACUAUUGUCAAUGAUAUAAAAUGUAACACCAAUGGAGAUUUCAAAUGUGGAGUUUGCCGUUGUCAUUAUGGCUUCUACGGUGACAGAUGCGAAUGUUCGGGGGACUCUGCAGUAAGUGAAGACGUUUCCGUUUGCCAGAUGGAAGCAGAAAGUGAAGUAUGUUCGGGACGCGGCUAUUGUAAAUGUGGUGGAUGUCAAUGCAAUCCAAGUUCAGAACCAGAAGAAAUCUUCUCGGGAAAAUUCUGCGAAUGUAGUAAUUACCGAUGUCCCAGAAAUAGAGGAUUGUUAUGCGGUGGUAAUGGCAAAUGUGAAUGCGGACGUUGCAUUUGCGACUUAGGUUGGGAAGGAGAUAGUUGCAAUUGCAACACCAGAAAUAGCACUUGUAUAUCUCCAGAAACAGAUCAAGUGUGUUCCGGAUUUGGAAGAUGUAACUGCGGCGUUUGUCAAUGUGAACCAGGGAACACUGGAAAGUUCUGUGAAAUCUGUUAUACCUGUCCAAAUGAAAGAUGUGAUGAGUUUAUGCCUUGUGUGGAAUGUGUCAAAUCAAAGUCUGAAGAAGAUUGUGACACAUUUUGCAGCAACUACACACUAAAAAUUGUUGACCAAUUAGAAGAUACAAAUGGUGGUGUGUGUAAUGUUCUAGAUGAAGAGAGAUGCAGUACUUUCUACCAAUAUAAAUAUGAGGAUCCGGUUAUUUAUUUGUAUAUUAAAAAAGAAUCUUCUUGUCCCGUAAAUAUUUACGUUGUUUUAGCCAUUGUAGCAGGCGUAAUAAUUCUAAUUGGUAUUUUAUCUUUAAUAUUAUGGAAAUUUUUGACAAGUUUACAUGACAAAAAUGCGUAUGUUAAGUUCCAAAAACAACGUGAACAAGAAAAAUGGGGUCGAGAUAACAAUCCUCUUUAUAUAUGCCCUUCGAGUAACUUCCAGAAUGUGGCGUACAAAAGAAAAUCGACUCCUUUAAAUAAAUAAACAUAAUUCGCAUUACAGACAUAUUUUUAAGUUUACAAUAUUCUAAUUAAAGAGCAAUUUCUAUACGUAUAUUUUUUGUUUCGUGUAUAU